CACAGAAUACGCCCGAAGCAACAACCGAUCUACCAAAUUCCCCCUAAGUUUUUAUUACAAUUCUUAAACAUUAUUGAAAAAUUAUUCAAGACCAAAUGGUUUUGCUGUUCAUUGUUGUAAUUCAAUAUAUUUUUAACAUAGAGUUUCAUUUAAAAUUAUUAUUUAACAAGAAUGUGCAUUAUUUACCGUGCCAUUACAUCUCGCUUGCUUAAUUGCUUUUUGGGUUAGCUGGACCUGAAUUGGGUUCUCAGCAUAAGUCAGAGAUGUGCAAGAUCGCGGCUGGCGCGCCAGGAUCUUGACCUUAGCACGUGCAAGCAGCGUAAAUACAUAUAAAUAGCGGACUCGCUUGCGCUCUGCUAGUUCUCAGGUGGCAGCCGUCCAGCACGCUCUCUCGGCACCUGCGGCUCUCCGAAGCUUAAGAAAAAUGGUGGACAGGACGAUGCUCGUUCCUGUUUUGCUGGCGUUCGUCGCGAUUUGGAGUAGCUCAGUCGUAGGCGCCGAUGACAAAGCGCGAGUUGUGUGCUACUUCAGCAACUGGGCCAUCUACCGGCCCGGAAUUGGGCGUUACACGAUUGAUGACAUCCCUGGCGACAUGUGUACCCACAUUAUCUACUCCUUUAUCGGUGUGAGCAACGUCACCUGGGAAGUCCUCGUGCUCGACCCUGAGAAUGACGAGGAAAUGCGAGGAUUUGCAAACUUCACCGCGCUGAAAACCAAGUACCCCGGAAUUAAGACCGAGUUGGCCGUCGGGGGGUGGGGAGAGGGAGGUCGCAAGUACUCGGAAAUGGUGCACGUCGACGCCAGGAGAGCUUCUUUCAUCAGCAGCGUUGUUGAAUUCAUGAAGAAGUACAACUUUGACGGAUUCGACUUGGACUGGGAGUAUCCUGGCGCGGCGGACCGUGGAGGCAAGUUCACGGACAAGGACAAGUUCUUCUACUUCGUGGAGGAGCUGCGCACGGCGUUCGACCGCGAGGGCAAGGGUUGGGAAAUCACGAUGGCCGUGCCUUUGGCCAAGUUCCGACUCAAUGAGGGCUACCACGUGCCCGAACUAUGCGAGUUGACCGACGCCAUCCACGUCAUGGCCUACGAUCUCAGGGGCAACUGGGCCGGUUUCGCCGACACGCACAGCCCCCUCUACAAAAGGCCGCAUGACCAGUACGCCUACGAGUUGCUCAAUGUGAAUGAUGGGCUUCAGUUGUGGGUGGACUUUGGCUGUCCUCCGAACAAACUGGUGGUGGGCACCCCCUUCUAUGGCCGCUCCUUCACCCUUGCUCAGGGCAACAACAACUACAACCUGGGAACGUACAUCAACAAAGAGGCCGGCGGCGGCAAACCUGGACCUUACACCAGAGCCAAGGGAUUCAUUUCCUACUACGAAAUUUGCGACGCUCUGCAGAAGGAGGAGGGCUGGACCGUCAAGUGGGAUGAGGGUGGCAAGGUGCCCUACACCUACAAGGACACCCAGUGGAUCGGUUAUGAGGACGAAAAGUCUCUAAAGAUCAAGAUGGACUGGAUCAAGCAGAAGGGCUACGCGGGCGCUAUGACCUGGGCCAUCGACAUGGACGACUUUACUGGUGUUUGCGGCUCAAAGAAUCCUCUGAUUAAGGUUCUGCACGACGGAAUGAAGGACUACAGGGUGCCAACCCCCACCGCUACAACAACCCCCAGGCCCGAGUGGAACAGGCCAAAGAGCACCCCCGCCCCUGCUGGAGCGCCUCCCAAGAAGCCGACCUCCGCCCCCGCAACCCCUGCCCCCACCAAAAAGCCCGUCGCCACGCCGCCCCCCGUUGUCCAAACCCAGGCCCCCGUCCAGCAGACGCAAACUCAGGCACCCGCCGUCAAACCCCCCAAACCCGCCCCCGUCUCCGGAGGAAACUUUGUUGACGCCGAAGCUGCCUGCAAGGCUGGCGCCGAGUACGCAAAACACCCUGACGACUGCGGAAAGUAUUUCAGGUGCGUGCACGGAAAGCCGGUAGAGUUCACGUGCAAGUCAGGCCUGGUGUUUAACCCCGAGCUGAACAUCUGCGACUGGCCGGAGAACGUGCAGAGGCCAGAGUGUCCGAACAAGAGAAGCGAAAACUUGGUCGAAGAAGCGAAAUCGGAAGUCGAAGGGGCUCCGACGACCGAGGCCCAGCAGGAGCAGGCCACUGAAGACAUGCCCUAGCGUGCGUUUGGCAACAAAUGAAAAUUGUACAACUGAAUCUCUGAUGAGAGAUAAUUAUAAUUUCACUAAGUGUAAUUUUUAUAACUAUUUUAUAAGUUAAAAAUAAAUUAUUUUAUAAAAAAAAAUA